CGGUCCGUACUGCAGCGCGGGGCCCGGGACGCGGAGCUAUGAGGCUGUCUCCGCGGACUCUCUGCGCCGCCGCGCGGGCUGCCUGGCGGGAGAGCUUCCCUCUGGAAGGUCGCGACGUGGCGCGCUGGUUUCCGGGCCACAUGGCCAAGGGGCUGAAGAAGAUGCAGGGCAGCCUGCGGCUGGUGGACUGCAUAAUCGAGGUCCAUGAUGCCCGGAUUCCACUGUCAGGCCGAAACCCUCUGUUUCAGGAAACCCUUGGGCUUAAGCCUCACUUGCUCGUCCUCAACAAAAUGGACCUGGCAGAUCUGAAGGAGCAGCAGAAAAUUAUACAACACUUAGAAAGAGAAGGCCUGAAACAUGUUGUUUUUACCAACUGUGUGAAGGACGAAAAUGUCAAGCAGAUCAUCCCGACGGUCGUGGAGCUGGUUGGGAGCAGCUACCGCUAUCACCGAGGAGAGGUUGGUGGGCCAGGACUGGCCGAGGGCCCGCCCCUUCUGCUGGGAAACCCAGGCCCAGUGCUGAGCCCACCCCGGGGCCCCACCUCGGGUCUCAGCAGGUGGGGUGGGGCGCCCCACCCCGGUGGGCACGCUGGGGGUGUGGGGGUGCGGGGGUGCGGGCUGGGUGGCGCCCAACCCCUGCCCUUGCGCUUGCAGCACGCAGAGCACUGCGUCAUGGUGACUGGGGUCCCCAACGUGGGCAAGUCCUCGCUCAUCAACUCCCUGCGGAGGCAGCACCUCAGGAAAGGAAAAGCCACCAGGGUGGGCGGCGAGCCUGGGAUCACCAGAGCUGUGAUGUCCAGGAUUCAGGUGUGUGAGCGGCCGCUGAUGUUCCUGCUCGACACCCCCGGGGUGCUGGCUCCUCGGAUUCCAAGUGUGGAGACAGGCCUGAAGCUGGCCCUGUGUGGAGCCGUGCUGGACCACCUGGUGGGCGAGGAGACCCUGGCUGACUACCUUCUCUACACCCUCAACAGGCACCAGCUCUUGGGGUACGUGCAGCACUACGGCCUGGGCGAGGCCUGUGACGACAUCGCCAGUGUGCUGAAGCGGGUGGCCGUGAAGCUGAGGAAGACCCAGAAGGUGAAGGUGCUGACUGGCACGGGGAACGUGAACGUCAUCCAGCCCGACUACCCUGCAGCCGCCCGAGACUUCCUGCGGGCCUUCCGCAACGGGCUGCUGGGCACCGUGAUGCUGGACUGUGACCUCCUGCAGGGCCGCUCCACAGAGGAGGAGGAGCCGUGAGCUGGGCUGGCGGGAGGGCCUGGCCCCUGCCCUCAGCUCUGCGGCUGGGGUUGGACUCCCAGAGUCCCCACGCUGCUCACCACACUGGGUCUCUGUUCCAGGGAGGAGGCCGAGCCCUCCUGCCCCAUAGCCGGCCCCUGGUCCCAGCGGACAGGCCUGAGUGUGGGUGUCAGGGUGGUAGGCGUCCCAUGUGCCAGGCCUGGGGGGGAUACUCUCUCGUGUUCAGUGUCUCUCAGCUCCUUUCCUAAGGAGAAGCUGGCAUUUUCUCAGGAGUUGAAACCAUCAUCUGUAACUUUAAAAUUUUACAUUAAAAGGCCUGUCUCUGAGCACAGCUCGGCCGGGCCCAUCAGGGAGG